AGACGAAGAGAGCAGGACGCGGAAAAAUUUGAAAUGAUAAAGAAUCCCCGUCCUGCUAGGGCUCACUUUCGUAGCCGUAAACUCAAAUGGAAGGAUGGUGAUAAAACCGAAGAAACCAUAGAUGAGAGUUUGUGCUCCAAGAUUCUGUAUUCACCAAUGGUUGUCAUUUCGCUGUUCGUUCUUGCACUAUUCAUCCUUUACUACCUGUACAGAAAACUACUGUAUCGUACUAAAGCUUAAUAAAUGCUCUCUAUUGGUAAUAAAAUAAAUGCUGACACG